CUCUCAUUAUAAAUUCCCCUGUCUCUGUUCUCAAUUUAACUUCGUCUUUUUCUCACUUAGGGAAGAUUAGACACGGAGCUUGCACCUUUCUCAGUGAGCAUUCUAUACUGAAACAACCAAAGGACUAUUCUGCGUGUAUUUGAAACAUGAAUUUAACAGAGCUACACUCACAUGUGGGAUGGCUACAGAACCUCACUCCUGGUGACGAUACAAUGCAUAAGAUGAAAAGAACGUCUGCUUUUUGUGAACAAGUCAGUGUAGCCAUUGAGAUUUUUCUAACUCUAGGUAUUAUGAGUCUGCUGGAAAAUGUUUUGGUCAUUGUUGCAAUUAUUAAGAAUAAGAACCUCCAUUCCCCAAUGUAUUUGUUUAUCUGCAGCCUCGCUAUUGCUGACAUGCUGGUAAGUGCUUCCAAUGCAUGGGAGACCAUUGUGAUCGCCUUAGUUAACAACAGGCAUUUGAUUGUUGAAGACAAUUUGGCCAAACAGGUGGACAAUGUCUUUGAUUCAUUGAUCUGCAUUUCUGUCGUGGCAUCCAUGUGUAGCCUCUUGGCCAUAGCUGUCGAUAGGUACGUCACCAUAUUCUAUGCUUUGCGUUACCAUCACAUCAUGACAGUAAAACGAGCUGCUUUUAUUAUUGCAGGUAUCUGGUUGUUCUGUACAGGCUGUGGUAUCAUCUUCAUCAUCUACUCUGAGAGCCCACCCGUCAUCAUAUGUCUGGUCACCAUGUUCUUCAUUAUGUUGGUCCUAAUGGCCUCCCUCUACAGCCACAUGUUUCUCCUGGCUCGCUCGCAUGCAAAGCGAAUUGCUGCAUUGACCGGCUACAACUCAAUCCACCAGAGAGCAAGUAUGAAGGGGGCUAUCACGUUAACAAUCCUGCUUGGUAUUUUUAUCAUCUGCUGGGCUCCAUUCUUCCUGCACCUCAUCCUCAUGAUCUCUUGUCCCAGGAAUGUGUACUGUGUGUGUUUCAUGUCGCACUUUAAUUUGUACCUGAUCCUCAUCAUGUGUAACUCAAUCAUUGACCCUCUUAUCUAUGCAUUCCGUAGCCAGGAAAUGCGGAAGACAUUCAUGGAGAUCAUUUGUUGCUACAAUUUGAGGACGGCUUGUAUUGGACUUUCUGACAAAUAAGCCUGCAACAAUUGAAGACAGCUGCUUUCAAACCUCCCCACUUUGCAAAAAUUGAAUGAUUAAAAUCUGGCCACCUGUUGGUAAUUUAGGGGUAAUAUCAAACAAAAUUCUUUCACAGGUCAGUGACAACUCCCAGAUUCCUUUCUCCUUAUUUAAGGAAUAGUUUUGCUCAAUGUUGGAGUAACCCAUGAAUAGAGGGAAGAAGAAAGAGAAUCUCCUUAAAAUGGAGAAAGGAAGAAUGAAUAAAGUGGUUCAGAAUUAAGAAGGGGUUUAAUAGAUUUGGUGGAGAGAAAAGGGCAGGACAGUUGAGGCACAGAGGAAACAAAUUUAAUAGAUUGGCAAAAGGAUCAGAGAAAGAGAUGCAAGAAAUGUUUUUGAUGCUCUGAUUUGUAAAAAUCAGGAAUGCACUGCCUAAAAGGCUGUGCUAACACAUAGUAACUUUCAAAUUCAAUUGGAUAAACACUUGGUAGCCAGGGCUAGGGGAAACCAUAGAGCAGCGGGUGUAAUUAGAGAGCUUUUUCCAAGGGCUGGCAUGGGCACGAGGGGCUGAGUGACUUUCUGGUUUUACCAUAAAGGCUGCAGGAACAGAAUUAUUACAGGCUUCAAUUUAGGCGGAAGAAAUUUCAAUUGGAUCAGUCACGGUAAAUUAUGUUAUUCAUGUCAAAAAGAGGAGACAAUAUUAAUUAAAUCGCAUGACCAAUAAAGGAGCAGCAAGUAGGUAAUUUGGUCCUGCAAGCCUGCUGCGCCAUUCACUAAGUUUACAAUGGACCUGUCUGCAAUCCAAUGACCACAAUCCCUGCUAACCUUUAAUUCCCUUACCUAACAAUGGCCAGGCUCCCUUCACCUUCAAAAUAUUUUGUGACUCCACCUCCAUCACUUCUGAGGAGGAAUGUUCCAAACUUACAUAAUGCUCUGAGAAGAAAAAGUAUUGCCUAUUUCUGUCCUUAACGAGUUGUCCCUAAUUUUACAACAGUGUCCCCCAACUUUGGACUCACAAAAUUAAACAUCGCUUCCACAACCACCUUUCAUAAUCUUAAUGAACUUCAAUCAAAUCACCCCUCACUCUCUAAACUGUAGUGUAAACAAGCCCAGUCUGUCCAAUCUUUCAUUGCAAUACAAUCUGUUUACUGUCGUAAACAAUCUAGUAAAGUUUCUCUGAACUGCCUCAAAUGCAUUUACAUUCUUCCUUAAACAAGGAGACCAAAAUUCUAUUUGGGAUGUGGUCACACCAAUGCCCUGUGUAACUGAAACAUUGCAUCUUUACUUUUAUGUUCAAUUCCUCUUAUAAGAAAGAUUUGCAUCCCAUUUACCCUCUGAUUACGCGCUGUACCUGUGUACCCACUCUUUGUUACAUGGACUGGAAUACUUAGAUCCUGUCACACUUCAGAAUUCUACAGUUGUUCUCCAUUGAAGUAAUAUGAACUUUUUAUUCUUCCUGCCAAAACAACUUAGCAUUUCCCACAUAAUAUUCCAUCUGCCAGAUCUGUUGCACACUCCCUUAACUUGUAUAUUACUCUGAAUCCUUGUGUUGUCUUCGCAAUACAUCUUUAUAGCUACUUUUGUGUCAUUUGCAAAUUUAGCCACCAUGCCUUCUAUCCCACUUCUAAAUCAUUAGUAUAAAUUUUAAAAUGUUGAAAACCCAGUACAGAUGCCUGUGGAAUUGUAUUCGUCACAUGCUGCCAAUCUGACCGAAGGCCCAUUUAUCUGUACUCUCUGUUUUCUGCCAGCCAGCCAAUCUUCUGUCAAUGCUGGUAUGUUACCCACUACACCAUGAGUUCCUACAUUGUACAAGAACCUUUUGACAAGAACCUUGUUAAAUGCCUUCUGAAAAUCCAGGUACAGCACAUCAACAGGCUCCUGUUUAUCCACAGUAUACAUUACUCCUUAAAAAAAUUCUAAUAUGUUGGUUAAUCAAGAUUUUCUGUUCACAAAGCCAUGUUGAUUCUUUCUAAUUACCUUGAGUUUUUUCCAAGUCCCAAGUAAGAACCUCAUUAAGGACUGAUUUUUGCACCUUCCCCAUGACAGACAUCAAGCUAAUUGGCUGAUAGUUUCAUGUUUUCAGCCCCCCAUCUACUUUCUCGAAUAGAGAGUUUAUAUUAAUUACUACCACGUUUAAUGGUACCUUUUUGGAAUCUUAACAGUUUUUUUUUGUUCAUUCAUGGGAUCUGGUAUCACUGGCAAGGCCAGUGUUUCUGGCCAACCCUAAUUUAACAGUUCAGCCACAUUGGUGUUUAUCCAGCAUGACAUGGGGACCAGACCAGGUAGGAGUGGCCGAUCUACUUCCCCAAAAGUAUAUUAGUCAACCAGAUGGGCUUUUACAACAAUCAGCGAUGUUUACAUAAUCAUUGUUAUUUUUUAUUGAAUUCAAGUGUCAUCAUCUGCAGUAAAGGGUUUGAACGAACAUUCCCAGAACAUUAGUUUGGGGUUCUGGGCUACUCGUCCAGUGAGCUUACCCCUACACCACUGCUUCCCCAAAAUAGAUUUUGGAAAAUUUGAUGCCAUGCAUCUUAUUGGUCACUUCUUUUAAGACCGUAGCAUUAAGAUCAUCAGAAGCAAGAGACCUAUCAAACAGCACUGUGAUCAUGGCUAUCUAAUAUAUUGCAGAGAUACUGAUUGAGGGAAAAGUAUUUGUCAGGACACCAUAUCAAUACGUAAACAAGGAACAAAGUAGGCUAUUUGAUCCUUCAAGCCUAUCCCACCAUUCAAUAAGCUCAUUCAAUAAGAUCAUAUCUGAUCUGAUUUUAACCUCAUCUCUAAAUUCCUGCAUAUCCACAAUAAUCUUUCACUGCCCCCCCCGCCCCGGUAAUCCAGAAUCUGUCUACUUCUGCCUUAAAAAUAUUUAAUGAUUUUGCAUCCACUGCCUUUCCAGGAAGGGAAUUCCAAAGAUUCA